GAGAAUCGGAACCGGAAUGGCAUUCCCCCAACAGGAGGGAAUAUUGAAUAUCCUUGUUAGAGAUUACAACUGAAUACUCAAAACGAAGGCAAGUGACGAACGGACAUUCACAGCUAUCACAAAAUCAAACAGAACGAGAAGGCGUUUAUGGGCAUGCAAACAAUGUUAGUAAGGACGACACAAUGCAAAUUUUGACUUUAAUUCGGAAUUAGAAAGAGGCGUUUCCGAGCUCCUCACUCAAAAAGCAACAAUAAAACACUGGGCAUCACCCCUUCGAUUUUAGGUUUCAUUUCUUUUUUUGCCAGAGAAAUUCAUGCAUUAAAUAAAUUGAAAAGAUGAUUCGGCCCAGAUAAGGUAGUGAAUGACAUUUGGUCAUUAGAUAAGGAUUUCCGAUGGCGAGUCGAAUGCAACAAAAAGGAAUUUGCUGAAGAACGAAAUGUGUAUAAAAGCACUUGGGAUUCUUCCCCAGGUCAGUCAUUCAGUUAGUUGUCGACAAUGUGGCUGGCUUUGUGGUUAUUCGGCCUGGUAAUUGGUAGUUCCACGUCGGAGUUGCAGCAGCACAAAAGUCUAAAUUUUUAUUCGAUGGCAUUCAAUAGCUCCUGGAUGGACCCAAAACGUUCUCAUCUCAUCGAGUUUGUGGGCGAAGUGUUUUGUAAAUCUCAUCUGAAAGUAGUUCAUGUCUACUAUGAAACCGAUAUAUCUCUAAGGUACUCCGGGCAGAUAUUGAGGGAUUUGAAUCGUUGUGGCAUAUCCUUUGUGGCACUGAGAAAUGACCAACAAAAUUCCCAUUUGAAGACAAUCUCCGACGAUGGCAUCCUCCUGCAUUUGGUGAUCAUCCUAAGGGACAUAGACCAGACCUUGGACCUCAGCAUAAUACGCAAGAAAUCAGCUGCCAAGCACUUGACUUAUAUAAUGCUUUUGAUUCAGGAUGCCCACAAUGUGACGGAAAAGUGGCUGCUCUCAACAUUCAAGAACUUCUGGAAAAUGUGGAUUUUGAAUGUUGUUGUGGUUUUUACAGACCCCAAGCAGGGCUACAUUGAGCUUUAUCGUUAUGAUCCAUUUGCCAAAAUUUUGAGGCAUCGUAUUGCUCUUGGACCGGACACCUAUAAUCUGGAUGAGCUAUAUCCCAAGGACAUUCUGAACAUGAGAGGAAAUCCUCUACAGAUUUGCCUCUAUCAGGACAACAUUCGAACUAUAUUCGAGAGUAGUGGCAACAUUUUGGGCACCGAUGGUCUAAUGUCUUCGUUCUUGGUAGAACGUCUGAAUGCCACUCCACUGGUGAGACGUAUUCGCACUUAUGGCAAUGAUUCCGUUAGUCAGGAUCUGUGUUUCAAGGAGACUUUUGAUGAGUUGGACGAUAUGGCCACCAAUAUCCGUUUCCUCUCGAUGGAAUCAUUUUAUGGUCGAGUCGAGUCCACGAUUGUUUUGAAUCGUGACGAUCUGUGUGUUUUGAUACCCAAGGCCAAGAUAGCCUCGUCAUUUUGGAAUUUGUUUCGUUCGUUCAGCAUCAGUGUCUGGAUUUUGAUAUCCGUCAGCUUGGCCAUGGCCUACAUAUUCUGCUCACUUAUCUAUCGCAACAUCUUUGCGGGAGAUAAACUGUUGUUGGACCUGUUAUCCUGCAUAAUUUCAACACCACGUGCCCGAUUGCAAAGAUCCAGAAUGUCGGCCCGUCUCUUCUUUUAUGUUUGGCUUGUCUACGGUCUCCUCAUAUCGGCUGCAUUCAAGGGCAACUUGACCAGUUAUCUGGUGGAUCGGGAAUAUUUGCCGGAUGUAAACACAUUACAAGAAUUGGCGGAAUCUAAAUAUCCCCUGGCAACAUUGCCGAGGCACAUAAAACACUUGAAUCGUUAUCUGGAUCUGAAUAACCCUUAUGAGUCGAUGUUGAGACAGAAAAUUAUCCCCCUACCCGACGCCUUCUUCAAUGAACUAAUCGAACACAACAAUCUCUCCUAUGCCUAUCUGCAGAAGUAUCACAUAUCGGUGUUUCGAGCCAAUUCGCGGAAACAUUCACUGAAUGGCAAACCCUGUUUCCAUGCCAUGGCUCAGUGCAUUGUCCCGUUCCACGCCGUCUACAUAGUCCCCUAUGGAUCCCCCUAUUUGGGCUACAUAAAUAAACUGAUACGCAAUGCCCAAGAGUACGGCUAUCUCCAUUACUGGGACAGCAUGAUGAGUGCCGUCUUUCGUAGAUCCCGUCGCAAUGGCCAAUUGCAGCGAAGUGAUGACAGCGAACCGGAGGUUUUGCAGUUAUUCCAUUUCCAGGCGGUCUAUUGUUUUUGGGCCAUGGGUUUGGUAAUUGCCAUCGUUUGUUUUGCGGGGGAGCUAAUUAAUGCAAGAAUAUCGUUUUGAAGCAAAUGCAGCUGGACAGAGGACAGGGAAGCGAGGACAAGGUAAGCGCAUAACAUGCAUGCAACGCUCGAGCUAAGCACAUCGAACAGAACAUUGAA